GACUAUUAUGAAAUAUUAGGAUUGGAAAAACGUUGGCUUUCAACUCCUGAUGAUAUUCGUAAAGCCUACAAGAAGAAAGUAAAAGAGUAUCACCCUGACCAUUUCAAAAAAACAGGAGAAAAUGGUGAAACAACUAGUGGAGAUGAUACCAUGUUUAAAGCUUUAACUCGUGCAUAUGAAACGUUAUUAGAUGAGAGAAAGAAAUUAUGUUAUGAUUCAAGUGAACCUUUUGAUGAUUCAAUUCCAACUUACUCUGCUCCUUCAACUCCUCUUACUGAAGAAGAGGAACAAAAGAGAUUCUUCUCCACCUUUGCUCCAGUUUUUGAGAGAUGGUCUAAAUGGUCACGUUCUUUCCCAAAUGUUCCAAAGUUAGGUGAUAUGAAAACUUCUUUUGAGGAAUUGGAAAGAUUUUAUGUUUUUUGGUCAACCUUUAAAAGUUGGCGUGACUUCAGUGGCGAAAGUGAAUAUGACGAAUCAACUGCUGAUUCUAGAGAGGAACGUCGUUGGAUGAAACGUCAAAACGACAAAAUUAAUCAAAAAAGAAAAAAGGAAGAGAAGAAAAAGCUCACAGAUUUGGUUGAACUUGCUCGUAAAAAUGAUCCUAGAGUAAAGAAAAAGAAUGAAGAAAUAGAACAAGAGCGUAAGAGAAAGGAGGAAGAAAAGAACAAGCGUGAGUUGGAAAGAAUAUUAAGAGAAGAAAAGGAACGAAAGGAAGAAGAGGAAAGAAUUAAAAAAGUUGAGCAAGAAGAAAGAGAGAAAAAGCAAAAAGAAAAAGAGGAAAAUGAAAGAAAACAACAGGAAAAAACUCAAACUAUCAAGAGAAUGAGAGAAAUGUGUGAUCCUUAUUUGUUACUUUUGAUGAAGCCAGUUAAAAAACAAGACAAAAUGACGAAUAUUAGACCAGAGGAUGUUGAAUUUAAACAACAAACCCAAGAACAAAAAAAGAAUGAAAAACAAAAGACUUCAGAGUGGAAUCAUGAGGAAUUGAGUCUUUUAGCAAAGGCUAUAUCAAUGUUUCCUGGUGGCACUCCACAAAGAUGGAUCAAAGUAGCUGAGUAUGUUAAAACCAAGACACCAGAAGAAGUUCAACAAAAAACAGGAGAAAUUCAAGAGGAAAAAAAAAUGGACGAACAAUAUAAUAUCAAUAAUCAAACAAAUAAUGUUGAUUCUAGCUCGAGUGGAACUGAAAAUUGGACAGCACUUCAACAAAAAGCUCUAGAGACUGGUAUUAGACAAUUCAAGGAACUCAAGGGUGAUUCUAAAUGGGAAAAAAUUUCUGAGAUUGUUCCAGGAAAGUCAGCAAAAGAUUGUAAGGAACGUUUUGAAUAUUGUCGUCAACUUGCCUUAGCAAAAAAGAAUAAUAAAUAA